UUUAACACUGUCGGUCGAGCUCUCGCAGAGCACAGCAGCGAGUUUUCUCCUCACCAAGUGUGUAUAUCAUUUUCGAACCCCGCGACUCCUUGUUAACGACGGGAAAAAAAACGAAAGAGUUUUUGAUAGUUUCCUUUAAUUUAAUACGCGAGCCCAAGUUAGCGAACGAAACAGUUUAAGUCGAAGUUCGGUUACGGAAGUGCGCUGCGAACGUUGGCAAAACCCGGAACGGUAGUGCGAUCGAGUGAUAUUUUUGUACCAACCCAUAGACCGGUCGGCCCGCAGCCAGGUCGCUGACGAUCCAGUCCCGGACUGCUCGGAGCCGUGUCCACGCACGGCUUCCCGGUGUGACGGUCAUUUCCGGCCACGCGCGGAGGACGAGAAACCGCCAAAAUUUCUCCGUAAACGAACGAACCCCGAGACUCCCUCCCUCCCCUUUUUUUUCGAAUCUCCCCCCUUUUCCUGUUGUCGUUGUUUUUCUGUAUAAUUGAUCGACUGUUCAUCGACACAUCGACAGGUGGCAGCACCCGAGCGGGUAGUUAUUAAGUGCACGCUGAUCGAAACACACACCCAUCAGCACUCUACAACAAAUUAAGUCAUCAUGGGCAGAGGUUCGCGAUGUUUAGUCGCGACGUUUGUGCUUUUCUUCACAGUAUUAAAGAAUGUCGACUGUGACGCUCCCCUCGUAGAUUCGGCCGCGCUGCCGCUGGAGCACCGGGCCGUCUAUGGGCCGCCCGCACCAUCACCAGUAUACGGCACGCCUGGUUUGUUGAGUGGUGGCGGCGGCGGCGGCGGUGGCAGCAGCAGCAGCAUCGGCGGCGGCAGCAGCUCCGGCGGCUCGGACGACCCGUGGCCGCUGUCCGGCUCGAACGACAGCCCCCAGAUCAAGCACCUGCAGGUGCAGUGCGAGAAGACGCACAUGCGCGUCAACAUCGAGUUCGACCGGCCCUUCUACGGGAUGAUCUUCUCGAAGGGCUUCUACAGUGAUCCGCACUGCGUGCACCUGAAGCCCGGCACCGGCCACCUGAGCGCGACGUUCGAGAUCUUCCUGAACAGCUGCGGCAUGAGCAGCUCGGCGAACCACAACGCGGCCAGCUUCGGCGCGCCCACCCCGUCCGGCAGCUACGUCGAGAACACGAUCAUCAUCCAGUACGACCCGUACGUGCAGGAGGUGUGGGAUCAGGCUCGCAAGCUGCGCUGCACAUGGUACGACUUCUACGAGAAGGCCGUCACGUUCCGUCCGUUCCAAGUGGAUAUGCUGCACGCGGUGACGGCAAACUUCCUCGGCGACAACCUGCAGUGCUGGAUGCAGAUUCAGGUUGGCAAGGGUCCGUGGGCUUCGGAGGUUUCGGGUAUUGUGAAGAUCGGUCAAACCAUGACCAUGGUGCUGGCGAUCAAGGACGACGAGAACAAGUUCGACAUGCUGGUGCGCAACUGUGUCGCUCACGAUGGCAAGCGGGCCCCGAUUCAGCUGGUCGACCAGCACGGAUGCGUUGUGCGGCCGAAGAUCAUGAGCAAAUUCCAGAAGAUCAAGAACUUUGGCCCGUCGGCGUCGGUCGUGUCGUUCGCGUACUUCCAGGCGUUCAAGUUCCCCGAUUCGAUGAACGUGCACUUCCAGUGUGUGAUCCAGGUCUGCCGAUACAACUGCCCGGAGCCCAAGUGCGGCGGAGGAGACUACGGACUGCCAGCGUUGACCGGUAAUGGAAUUUCUGGGGAAUACGGAGCUCCAGGAGCGCUCAGCGGAGAGUACGGACCACCGUCGCUGCCAGAGUACGGAGUGCCGCCGGCGUACCCUGAUCCUCGUCACCCAUCGGACGCUACCGGCGCUUUCUCGGAGAACCAGGACAGCGUGGUGCCACCACCGCAAGCACAGACCUCGGGCAGCUCGGCCGAAAGCAAGGACGGUCAAAACCAAUCGGACCAGUCGCCACAGGCUAGCACUCUGCAGAACCAGAUCCAGAACGAGAUCCACGAUCACAUCAACAUGCCACCACCGCCACCCCCAGGCCAGUCGUACGUGACGGUCACCAAGCGAAAGGACGAAAUGGUCAACGACGGCAACCUGGUCAGUUUGGGCGGACGACCACGAUCGGUCGAGGGUCUGGAUGAUCUGCGCGGAGUGCGACGACGACGAGACACCGAGACCUUCACGGUCGUGAUGAAGCCUCGCAUCUACAAACGGGACGCCCAGGAAAUGACCGACGUCAACACCGAGCGCAUCAUCCAGGUAGUCGCCCCCGGGGACGUCAACUUUGCGCUGAACGCCGCCGCCAGCAACGAAACCGUCGUCAUCCAGUCGCAGCGUACCGUCGACCCGGAAACGAUCUGCAUGUCCGUGCCCAGCUUCGUCGGUGGACUCGUGAUGCUGCUGCUGGUUCUGGCCGUCGCCUCGCUCGUCGCCGCGUUCCUCUUCGUCCGGGUGCGACACUUUGACCGCAAAGGUACGGCCCCCACGUUCGUGUCGCAGUUCCUCAAGGUGAACUAAGCGUUGAUCCCGAACCCACCCCGCUAACCCGAACGGUCUUUUCCCGUUUUUGGUCUCUUUUCUUUUUCUUCUUUUUUGUAGCUAACCACAUGCCACUGUCCAGGUAAAGGCGCGCGCCCCGGGUUGCCAAGUUACUAAACCCACCCCCGCAAAACCAACACACUCACCACAACCAAACCCUAAUUUUUGCUCCUCCCCCUUCCAUCCAGCAGCUCACACGUGUUCCUGGUGGCGCAGCAGUAGUAGAUAGUACGCUUCCUUCGGUGCCUCUCACCUUCGACAACGUCGUCGUCGUCGCCAACAACGCGUCAACGCCAACGCACUACUAAACGCAUGAGGAGCUUCGCUAUUGGUCACUCUGGCAUGGUUUAACAACUCUCUUCGGCUUAAUGUUGUGCAAGUGGUGUCCCGAAUAACCCCCUUUCAGCUACAAAGAAGAAGAACAACGGAAAUCCGCGCUCAUCUUUUCACGGUCAACGUUCUACUAUUUGAAACCCGGUGAAAACAUGAGGCACUAAUCACUUUGCCAGGCCUUUACUAACGUAUUUAUGUAUGUUUGCGCUUAAUUUAUUCUCCCCCUCCCUCUCACUAAAUCCAUACUAUCCACUCACCAUCCUAAACACGCUGCACCUUAAAAGUCACACGUGCAGCACGGAUACCAACGACUUUCAAAGAAAUCCGUCACUUAGUUGAGUAGCACAGACGGCAGGUGGAUCUCGCGCAAAAACAUAAACAAAUGUUCAUGAACAUUUGUUCACGUUUUCGCCGGGAGUUUCACUCCGUCCGUGCUUGUAGAGUUUAUUUUGUGAGUAGCUUAUCAUCUAGCGAUCCGGAACGCAGCAAGCUGCUGCCAACGGAUCGAAUUACGAGUAUCUUUGAAUCUAAAGAACACUUAUUUAUUUGCUUAAAUUAUGAGUCCCUCCUCCCAACUCCCUCCUACUCUUCCCAUUGAGCCUAUCCCCUCACACGCAACGGGCACGUUAAGCUAUUUGGUGUGGAUCCCCGUCCCCUUCUCUCUAACAUGUUUCCCCCCUCCCACCAAAAUCCUAACCUCAAAACCCCCUUCACUAUUAGAGUUUAGUUAGUAGCAGUAGCUAGUGCCGCUAAAGAAAAAAAAACUUUUCACUUGAGCAACAUCAACAAAGGAAGAAAGUAGCAACCAAUUAGCGUAGUAGAAAUGCACACACAAUCUUAAAAGGUUUUCCCUUUGAGCUGCAGAGACGAAGAAACAAAAAAAAACGCGCAUGUAUUAAGUAGUAACAAUUUAAAAAAAGAUGGCGCCAACUAGUCUAGUCGCCAGAUUUUUCAGAAACCUUCAACUUCCAAACGCGCUUUUGCAGAAAAUCUGUGCAACAACAAUCCAGUAGAGCUUUGUUUUUUCCCCUUCCCUUUUUUCUGUAAUUCAAUAUUGAAAGCGAUUAGUAAAAACAGUAUUUAUAUUUAGUAGCUUCCCGACCAGCGGACAGAAACAAACGUGAAAGCAUUUUUUUGGAAUUUAAAAUAGAUUGACACCGAAAACGAAAAUGCCUACAGAGAAAGUUUUUUGUUGUUUGUGUUUAGGAAAUAUCAACUGAAAAAAAUAGGAGAAAACAGAAGCUACAGUUACAGUAAAUGAGGAAAGUAAAAAUAAAGCAGAAAAAAAGUGUAAUUGUAAUGUUAGGAUUAGCAAAGUGUAAUAAGAAACAAAAUAUGGAAGGAUAACAUUGUGCGACAUAGGAACCGGAACCGGAACCAGUUGGUGUUGGUCAAAGCCAGCAGCAGCAGCAGCGUGGGUUGCAGUAAGCAUGAGUGUGAAACGACGGAAUAUCUUUGUAAAUAUUUAUUUAAAGAGAUAGUUAACUAAUAAAGAAAAUUGAAGUGAA